GGUGAAGCCUCCUUUAUCCAGUUGCUCGCUGGCUGUGGUUGAGAGAAGAGGACAUCGCGUCGCUCUCUCUCUCUUCCCUCCCUGCCUGCCUACCUUACCUCCCUCGCCCGCCCUCCCCUCCUCCCACACUCACUAGCGCUCAUCAGUAUCAUCAACGGACCUACAGUUUUAACACUGAUGGUACUCAUUAACAAACACCAAACUAAAGUGAGAACAAAAUUUCACCUGAGAAUGAUUUUUACCUUCAGCUUAUAACAGUUUUUUUAAUAUAUAUCACUUCAGGUAAAAAAAAAAACUAAUUAAUCCUCACCUGGUGUUUCCGAACUGCAGUUGUGUGUGAAAACAAAACAGCUGGACUUUUUAUUUUUUUCAUCUCGAGUGUAAACCCAGACAUAAUAAGGUGUGAGUGUAGGUGUAGCGAGGUGGUGUGGGUGUAGGCCUCCGUUUAUCCCCCCCCACACACACACACACACAGACAGACAGACAGGCACUGCUAACUAUCAUCUGAUCUUGGAAGACAUCUCGACCAGAUUUAAUUUGCAUAUCAACAACAAGCUGCACGAGACACGACCCCCUAACUACUCGAAGACGACUCCCUGAAGACCACCACACGACCCUUGACGAUCCCCAAGCUAAGGUGUGAUGAUAAACAACAACCCGGGGAUAUUUGGGUGAGUAGAGGAGGGCAGUGGUCGCCUACCCUCAGACAAGAAGAUGGACAAUUUCUACAUAAACGAUUAUCAUCUCUAAAGUAUAUGAUCCAUUAGUACUAUUCAUCUGCGCCAUUAAAGAGAAAAAAAAUCACCCAGGUGUCAGGGACACUUCAUUACACCGGCCUCCCAAAUCUAACGCCGUGUAAAAGCGAACGAACAAGGUAAUUAAGUCGAUUAUUGAAAUCCAGGAGAAUAAUACUGACAUUUACUACGUGUUGAAAAUGCAAUUCACAUGAAAGGAACUAAAUGAACAAGUUAAUUAAGUGAAUUAGUGACACUACGGCGAAGGGAAGAGAGGUCUGUGUUGACGGCCGCUACCCACAACACCUGACCGAAGGGGCCUGGGGCAUCUACCCACCACACGUCACCAUGGCGGCCUGGGCACACCUGCACGCACCUGUUCUCCUGCUGUUGUUGCUGUUCCUCUGCUGCCCAGCUCAUACUCAAACAGACGACGAGGAUUACGUGGCAUUCGAAUUUGCUGAUUACAACGCCACCAGCUGUCUGAACGGGUACACCAGCGAGGAAGUCCCCUGCAUUUGUUACCCUUGUUGGGGGGGUAACUACUGUCAGCACUAUGAAGACAGCUACGCCCCAAGGUUCCUGGUACACGCAGCCACGGCCGUCGUCCCGGAGAACAUCACAGGAGCAGUGUACCGGGCGUGGGCUACGGAUGGGGACUUGGGGCUGACGUGUCCAUUGGGCCCUGGGGGUGAGGCAGGGAGGUGUCCGUGCGCCUACGUCACCUACCAACUGUUCGCCGCCCCUGGGGACCAUCGCUUCGCCCUGCACCAAGACACAGGCGUUCUCACCAGGAACCUCAGCGGCGCACCUCUUCUCCCUGGCCAAACUUACGCCUACAAGCUUAUGGUACAGAGCCUGCCUAAGAGAGAGAGAGUCCAGGACUUGCAGUAUGAUAUCCUAGACCUGAAGAUCUACGUCAGCCCCGACUAUGUCAAGAUCAUCCCUUGGACCUGACCCGAGUUUGAGGGCGGGCAAAAUGCACUCGCCCUCCACGGUCUCAUCUAAGGAUGUGACUCAUGUCAGCUGUUGUAGUCGUCCUCGACGAUGUAUGAGAGGAAAAGAGUCAAGCCUCCGCGGCCUCGUCUGAGGGCAUGGUGGGGUGAAUCAUUCUCAGCAGAGUAAAUCGAAGGCAAGACAUUUACCUCGCCAAGUUCCUCGACGCUUAUAUUUUGUGAAGAAACAACAUACAUCACUAUUCAUACUUGAUGACUGUUCACUUACAGGAAUGUCAUGGUUGAAAAAAAAAAGUUCCUGUAGGUAAAUACUAACUGAAGGAACAUAUUGGCAGGUUCCUUUUCCUCAGUUUACAAGAUUUUUUUGUUUUGUUUUUUAUAGACUUAGGUGUCCUGAUGGUGACCUUCCAAUCCCCUUCCCCUCCAAAAUCAAGAGCUGAGAGAAAAAGAGAGCCUUUGUGGACACCUCCUUAGUGUAUAUGAGUGUAGCUGUUGUCAGUACAGUUAUAUGUUCCUCCUUGCCACAAUACACUACUCAGUAUAUAAUUCUCCCUACCAUCCUCUGGACACUGUACCUGAUAUAGCAGUGUUGGGAUAUCUUCUCCCUGGUUACAGUGUUAUUGCCUUCUUUCUUCAACAAACUCUUAUGUCUUAGAGAAUGUUUACGUAUGUCCUCCCUGAACACGUCAUCUAUCGCUAAAUGUGUGUUCACAUGUUCUCCUUUAACACGCUGUUUGUAGCCAAGAUAGUGCGUUCAUAUGUUUAUGAGCACAUUAUCUAUAGCUGUGUUCAAAUGUUCUCGUGAACACAGCCCCCCAAACCUUAAAGUCAGUGUCCCAAACUUUUCAAACCUAACCACUAAGUUUCUAGCACCUCUAAGACCAAGACACCCAGUUCUUCAGAGCAAGAAUCUAUUUCUUAAUAGUGUAACAGGUUUAGCGCAGGAAAAUCUAGAGUAUUACAAAUUCUUAUACUGCAGAUGUAUAGUUAGAUAUUGUGUUUUGGUAAAGAUGUUCUCUUUAUAUAUGUACAAAGAGGGAAAUUUGUUCCUGAUAUAUUAUGUAUAUAAGAUAUUGUUAGUUGUACUUGGAUUUGAAUUCUAUGAAUGUAGUGAUAUAAUAUAUAUUUAAUUAAUUUAUAUGAAUUCCAAGAUAUAUUCCAUAUUAUUGAUUUACAUACAACAAUUUGCGAGUGACUACUUCAGCUGAGGGGCGAGAGAACAGAAUACAAAAUAGUUGAAUGCUCAUCACAACAUAUACUUGCAGCCUGGUGCACAAUUAUUAGUCAUGAUAUUGCAAUGAAUUCUAAUAAAAUUAAAUGUUCCCUUUGCAAAAAUCUUACCUAUCUAAUAAUUCAUCUUAUAAUCAGUGAACAUGUGUAGUUAAUAUUUUUCCUCAUACACAUCAACAUAACUAUGAAAACAACACCUUCGCCCUCUGAUAUACAACCAUUAACCAUAAGCCGUUUACCCUCAAGGCAAGCGUUAAUUAAAUAGUGAACAUUCCCCAGUAUAACAAGGAGGGAACAGCACCGGCAAAUUUUCUUUCCUCCUCACCUCCAGUUUAUAUCAAUAUGGUAAUUUUUCUUGCCUUGCAGCGCUUGCCCAUUUCUAAGUUUAUUCAGUUAAAUAUUAAGUAAUCUACAUUUGCUCAUUAAAUUUCUUACACGUAUACACACACUAAUGGACGUGGUGUAGGUUCUAAACAUGAAAUACUUAUAUAGUUUAAUUGACUCUUUGGAUCAUAAAGUUUGUGUUUAUGUAUUGCAAAGGAUUUUCAAACUGCAGCAUUUUUGGAACCUGCUAGAAAUAUUGUAUUGUGUAAAGUGCUCUGAAAUGUAUCAGUGUUGAAUGAUACAUGAAACAAAUUACUAGCAAGAAUUGUGUACUGUUCAACGAUUUUAUAUUAUAGAGUAAUGUGAUUAACGCUGAAAUGUUUUUUAUUAAUAUUUCUACACUCAGAAGUUCACAAAACACACUGCUCUUCAGUAAAUAAAUUUUCAUUUUCCCAACUAAAUCUUCAUGCUGCAUCUGACAUUCAUGUGGUCAGUGACAUAAUGUAAUGAACAUCCAAUUGGUCAUUAAUAAGAAAAACAUUCAUGUGGUCAGGUAAUCAAUAUGUUUAUGAUCAAUGACAAAGAAACAAAUAUGGUCAAUGACAUAAAUUAUUCGUAUCAAAACAUUAUACAGUUUGUGUUACAAUGAGGUAAACACAGGAAGACUUCUGUCUCUCCACCAGACAUAUCAACACUGCUGGUCCUCUUGAGAAACCACCAAGAGGCCAGCAGAAUUCUAAUGCAGUGACGAACCCAGUUCAAUUGAGGGUAGGGUAGAAAGGAGGGUGGGGAACACUGGCCUAUGAAAAAAAUCUGACCUCGCCAUUCCUGACAACAAAUUUGACUUCACAUUUCCUGACAAGAAAUUUCAAGCAUCACAACUACCUUCUAAACAUACUCGCUGAAUGAAACUAGUGACUAACUAGUAACUACCACUUGUGAUCCAGACUCCAAUAAAAGUACAUUCUUUGAUAGCUGGCGAUGGUAGUUUGGCUAUUACCCUCCUUCCUCCUUUCAAAAUUCUGGAUUCACCCCUGACAUGUCCAGGGUCUUUUUGCAUUUUAUUAGUAAACCCACAGCUGUAUCGAUCUGCCAAGCCAUUUCCAACACUUUCUACAAACCUAAGACAGGAUGUAAGCCAAUUUACUCUUCCUUUGUAAUGUCCCUACGACAAAUGUACCAAAUUAAUAGCAUGUACCUCGAAAUUGAAAAUUUUUGUACAGUUGCAUUUUCUGUGGACUGACUGAUAAAUAAAAAAAACCCUGUAUUUAUAAUUCUCGUCAAUAAAGGAGUAAGUGAAGGCAGCAUGAUUCAGGCAAGAGGUGCACCACAUCUCGCAACUGGCAUCUGGCUUUUAACACAAAGCAUCUUCAAGAACUACCAGCCAACACAACAAACCAAGAGCUAGUAGUUUAGAAGUUGUCACAGACGUUACAAGUGGGCGUUGAAAUUACAGUACAAUAUAUCUAAGGAAUCAUCAUGGGUAUUAGUUACGAUUAUACAAGUAUAAGUAAAAUCUAUUUGCAAGGUAUUCGCUUUCUCGAUUGGAAAUUGAUAAUGCUACUACUACAGUACAUACACACAGGUGAGCCAAAACAAACGACUCAUAUUUAUUGUCUCAGAUCACAUAAAGUACAUCUCGUAGCAUUAGAAGUACUGUAGAGCAUUUUAAUCAAUAAAUCGGAUAAAUUAAUUCAACAAAUAAAAAAAUAAUGCAUUAUUCUUGGUACAUCUUUUGUAGAUGUUUGUCACGAACGAAAAUCACGAUGACUCCAUUUUUCGAAGUUGUUCCAUUUUGCAUUUACUUUAUCAUUACAACUAAAAUUUCCAACUGAUAUUAAAUACAGUAUUAUAAAAAAUAAUAUCAAAUCUCCAAAGCGUUAACAGUGCAGCUGCCCUAAAACACACAACUCUGCGUCCAAAUUAUCUCGCCUGGCAUCAGAUUAAAAUAUAGAACACCAUACAGCUUAACGAAUUCUCCCUAUGACGAUGCCAUAUGUCACCAAAGAAAUGUUUUCUAAUAACUUUUAACUGUUGGUGAAAAGUGUAGGAAAUAGUAUUUUCGCUCAAAGACCUCAUCACCUCAAUUGUUGACGUGUAGUAAUACAUUAUAUCAACACACUCCACAUGCCAGGUAAGUGUGUUUUGCCUCAUUAUUUCCUAUAUCGCAGGUCAAACACAAAUUGCUCGUAGCCAGGUACCAUAUGCUUGAUCUGGUUUGUCUCAGGCCUAGAAUUUGUACAUAGUAUCUUACUGGUGACAAAACAAUUAUGAAAGAUAAAAACUAACAUGUAGUUGACUUGUACCUGUGUGUGUAUGUGGGUGUGUGUUAAAUAAAAGUGCAGAUCAGA